AUGGUGAUAACACGGUCGAAUGCUAGAUUGAUCAGGUUUGUGGUGUUUGCCUUGGUCUUAAUUGGAUGUGGGUACCUUCUUACAAAAGGUUCUUCAUAUGAACCACCACAAGUUCAACAAUUCAAACAGCAUGCUGGUGGUGCUUCUCAAAUUCAACAACAGCAGCAGCAACAACAGCAACAACAGCAACCACAAGCGGCGAUUCCUCCGACUCAACAACAGCAACAGCAGCUUCAAAAACCGGCAGCUCAACAACCUCCUGAACAGAAACCACCACCGGCUCAAGGAGAAGCAGCCGGUGCAGCAAAUGCAGGAACUCAAUCAUCAGGUGAAAUUGCGAACUUGCCAUACACACCCAAGAAUAUGGGUCCCUUGGCCAAAGCAUUCCUUGGCAGUGAUAAGAAAACACCCCAAUACAUCCCGCAAAAAAACAUUGACCCAGCCACUUACUCAUCCAAUGAUAAAGUCAAGGCUGCAUUUGUUGGGUUGGCACGUAAUCAAGACUUGAAUGGAUUUUUGGAAUCAAUUAAAAUCAUUGAACAACGAUUCAAUAACAAGUUCCAUUACGAUUGGGUUUUUCUCAAUGAAGUUGAAUUCAGUGAAGAGUUUAAAACCACCAUUUCCAAAGCCGUUAGUGGUGAAGCUAAAUUUGGUUUGAUCCCUGCUGAACAUUGGUCUUACCCGGAAUGGAUCGAUCAGGAGAAAGCGGCAUUGGUUAGAGAAGAUAUGAAAGAUCGGAAAAUUAUUUAUGGUCAUUCUGAAUCUUAUAGACACAUGUGUCGUUUUGAGUCGGGUUUCUUUUGGAGACAAGAUAUCUUGAAAGAUUAUGAAUACUACUGGCGUGUUGAUCCUGAUGUAAAGUUAUUUUGUGAUAUUGAUUAUGAUGUUUUUAAAUGGAUGAAGGAUAAUGAUAAACAAUAUAGUUUUACCAUUUCAUUACCCGAAUAUAAGGAAACCAUCCCCACAUUAUGGAAAACCACCAAGGAAUUUAUUGACAAGAACCCAAAAUACUUGGCCCAAAACAAUAUGAUGGAUUGGUUGAGUGACGAUGGCGGCCAGACCUACAAUGGCUGUCAUUUCUGGUCUAACUUUGAAAUCGCCAGUUUGGAUUUCUGGAGAAGUGAAGCAUACAAGCAAUAUUUUGAAUAUUUGGACAAAGCCGGUGGGUUUUUUUAUGAACGAUGGGGUGAUGCACCAGUACACUCAAUUGCCGCAGCAUUGUUUUUACCUAGAGAAAAGAUUCAUUUUUUUGAAGAUAUAGGAUAUUUUCAUGUUCCAUUCAAUAAUUGUCCUGUUGAUCCACAAGUUAGAUCCGAUAGAAAUUGUGAUUGUAAUCCAAAUGAUGAUUUCACUUGGAGGGGUUAUUCUUGUACGACAAAGUAUUAUAAGGUGAACAAUUACAAGAGACAAAAGAAUUGGGAGAAGUUUACUGGUUAA